AUGAAUUAAAAUUAUGAGAAAUAUGAUGAAAAUUUCUAAAUGAUCCAAAAACUUGAAGAACGUAAGAUUAAACAAAUCUUUUCUGAUAAUCUCACUUUGUCUACACCUACGUUUAUGAGCUCAUAACGUAAAUAAACAGAUAUUCAAUAUAUUCAUAAAGAAAGAGCCAUUUUAGAUGUACGAUUAACAAAUGUCAUUUAACUUGAUCUUUGUCAAUUCCAUUAUAUUGAAGUACCAUUAUUUGGUCACAAAAAGCCUCUCGUUAUUCGUAUAAUUAUUGAUUAAUAGUAGAUUUUUAAUUCACUGAUUAAGCUAAAAUGAAAUUUUACAUCUCAAGUCAUACUUUAACUCCAAAUAGAUUCAAUAAUGAAGAGUCAUUUGAGAGAAAAUAAAUUCUUAGAUAUACAGAAUAAGGUGAAAAUCUAUCCUUCGCAUAACGUUGUUUGUAUCUGGCUAUCUUUUCUUAAUAAGCUACAACAAUUUAUGCGAAGGCUUCUUUUGGAAUCAAACCAUAAUAAUAAUAAAAAAAUGAAAUAGAAUCAAAAUUAAGACCUUCAACAGGUUAUCAAUUCACAAGAUCAUCAUAAUUUUUCUUUACAAGAAAACCAUCCAAAGAUAUGAUAUCACUUAAUAAGAAUAUUGAAUAAUAUUAACCAGAUAAAAUUAGAUUAUAAUAAAACUUAAGGAGAGUUCAAUCUGCUCGUAAAAUAUCAGAGACUCUACAUAAAAAGAAAUAAAUAUUUGAAGAAAAGAAAGAAACAUUAAAAGAACGAUUCGAAUUUUAAGAAAAGAAAAAGAUUUUAAAAGAAAUUAUACUUUAUAGAAAUAAUAUUGAUAGUUUUAUAAAAUUUUAAUAGAAAUUAUGGCUUUAGAAUCUAUAUUUUAUUUAAAUGAUAUCAAUAAUUAAAAAGAAAUAUUAUGUAAAAAAAAAAUGUUAUUUAUUUUUAGGAUAAUAUUAUAUUUCAAUUUAAAUAAUCAAUAAAAAAAAGGAGAUAAUAUCGAGUUAGAUAAGUGUUAUAAAGAAUGUUAUAAAAGUCUGGUAAAGAUAUAUAUUAAAGAACUUUGUUUGAAGGUCUUUUGAUAUUGAGAAUGUUGUCGAAAGUAAAAGAAAAUGGAGCUAAAAAGAAAUCAAAAAGAAUUGUAUUUACUUUUAUGUUGAGUUAUGGAUAAAUUGGAGAGAUAUUUUAAAAAACUUAUCAAUUUAAAAGAAGAAUGAGAAAAAUUAUAGAAGUUUAUAGAAAUUAUAGAAAAAAAGUAUAAGCUUAUGCAAAUAGAAUCAUUAUGUUAUGGAAUAAAUAUUGGAAUUAAAUUUAUAUGGAAAUAAAAAAGGAAGAUUAAGAAAGUAUAUUUAAAUUAAUUAAUAAUUUUAGAAGUCAAUGAGAUUAAGGUUUAGAUGUAAAAGACUAUAAUUAAUUAUCAUAUUGAAGAAGAAAUAAUAAAAUCACCAUAUUUAGAUAUGUAUAUACUUAUAUAAUUUUAUUAGUAAGGUAUAAAGUGUAAUUGUGAAUAAUUAUUAUAAGGAAAUAAAAAAUUUAUUUAUAAGGAAAUGGAGGGUUUUGAAAAUUAAAGUAAAAUCAUCUAAGUUUUAAACUUUGAUGGCCUCUUAAGCAUUUGAUAAGAAGAAUGAAUUAUUAUUAUUUACUAUUGUAGAUAAAAGUGUUUUAAAAUAAUUAAUCUAUAAGUAUAUGUAAGAAAAGGGAAUGAUAUAAAGUUUAUUAUUAAAGAAAAAUUGA